GCGGUGCCCGGCGCGAUGCAGCGAGGCGGCGGGGGCGCCGGCGGCGGCGGCGGGGGCGGCCCGGCGGGCAGCGGCGCGGGCGGCCCGGGCGCUGCCUUCUCCAUCGACUCCCUGAUCGGGCCGCCGCCGCCCCGCGCCGGCCACUUGCUCUACACCGGCUACCCCAUGUUCAUGCCUUACCGGCCCCUGGUGCUGCCGCAAGCGCUGGCGCCCGCGCCGCUGCCCGCCGGCCUCCCGCCCCUCGCCCCGCUCGCCUCCUUCGCCGGCCGCCUCACCAACACCUUCUGCGCCGGCCUGGGCCAGGCCGUGCCCUCCAUGGUGGCGCUGACCACCGCGCUGCCCAGCUUCGCCGAGCCUCCCGAUGCGUUCUACGGGGCCCCCGAGCUCGCCGCCGCUGCCGCCGCCGCCGCCGCCGCCGCCGCUGCCACCGCGUCCCGGAGCAACGCGGAGCCGGGCGGCCGCCGCCCCGAGGGCGCGCUGGACACGGACGAGCUGCUGCCGGCGCGCGAGAAAGUGGCCGAACCGCCGCCGCCGCCGUCGUCGCACUUCUCCGACACUUUCCCAAGUCUGCCCGCUGAGGGGAAGGUGUACAACAGCUCAGAUGAGGAGCCGUUGGAGGCGCCAGCAGGAGACCCCGCAGGCAGCGAGCAGGAGGGAGAGGGGUCAGGAGGAGACAGCGAGGAUGACGGCGGUUUUAUGGACAGUUCUGCCGGGGGCCCCGGGGCCCUCCUGGGACCUAAAGCCAAGCUAAAGGGAAGCCUGGGGGCUGGCACCGAGGACGGGGCCCCGGUGUCAGCUGGUGUCCCAGCCCCUGGGGGGAAGAGCCGGCGGCGCCGCACGGCCUUCACCAGCGAGCAGCUCUUGGAGCUGGAGAAGGAGUUUCACUGCAAGAAGUACCUGAGCCUGACGGAGCGCUCGCAGAUCGCCCACGCCCUCAAGCUGAGCGAAGUGCAGGUGAAGAUCUGGUUCCAGAACCGGCGGGCUAAAUGGAAGCGCAUCAAGGCUGGCAAUGUCAGCAGCCGUUCUGGGGAGCCCGUGAGGAACCCCAAGAUCGUUGUGCCCAUACCUGUGCACGUCAAUCGGUUUGCGAUGCGAAGCCAACAUCAGCAAAUGGAACAGGGAGCCCGGCCCUGAGCAGGCAUUCGCACCUCUCCAGAAGGAAAAGGGGGUUGCUCCGUAUCUGUUUGAGAUGUGGGGGCCAGGGUCUGUGGACCAGCAGGGCUGCCCAGGAUUCUGCCCUCUGACGACCCCCCCCCCCCCCGGCAAUGAUCACAGCUCGAGAUGUGCUCUCCCGGUGACCCUGG